GUACUUCUUUUUGAGCCCGUUUGGAUUGGCUUAUAAGCUGUUUUCAGCUUUUUUGAGUGUUUGGCUGGCCAGCUUAAAGUCAUUUUGUGCUUAAAAUAAGCUCAAAAAAAUAAUUGGACCCAUUUAACUUAAUUUAUCUAAAGCAGCUUAUAAGCUGAAAACAGCUUAUAAGCCAAAAAAAAUAAGUUGGACUACCCCAACUUAUUUUUUUCAGCUUAUAAGCUGCAAACAGCUUUAAGUUAUAAGCCAAUCCAAACGGGCUCUUUGCAUGAUAUGGUGCUCGUGGUGAAUUUUAGCUUUAAUCCAGUCAUGGGCCCUAAAUAUGAAAUUGGAACCCGUAAUCAUUCUCGAACAGAUGCAGUGGUUACUAAAAAUGAACAUGAGGCCAGUUCACCAAUAAUCUUUCUCCUGGAUUCUGAACAUGAGAGUGAAAGUAGAACAAGCUUGGGUUCUAUCUUAAAUGAAAGUGCUUCAGGGUCAAGUAAGAGUUCAGAACUUUCUUGUUCCAUGUUUUCAUCCUCGUCCGGUUAUUCCUCGGAUCAUUUCAUACUAGUGAAUCCAAAAAUAGCAUCCAACUCUAUCUCAUUAAAAAUACCAUCUUCUAAAUUUCUUCCGGAUGACAAAUUGGAAUUGAAUACAUUAACAAGCUCUGCCUCGGAGGUUUUAGACAUCACUGAUGAAUCAUUAUUGACAACCGUGCCAAGCACAAAAUGUCCUUCUAUCCAAGUGAUGGAGAGGCAAGGAGGUUACGAUCCCAACAGAGUUCCGUCUUCCAUUUUCGAAAGUAAAUCUUCAACACCUAAUGAAUGGAGUGCUGCCUCUGACGAGUCAUUAUUUAGUAUCAACGUCAGUCUUUCGAGGGAUCAUAAUUCUCGCGAACUAAGCAGGUGUGUGGAAUUGGACAGAUGUGAAGAACUUAGUAAGUCUGGCGAGCUAAUUAGCUUUGGGCACUUACCAGCUGUAAAAGAAGAACAUAUGGAAACGAGCUUCGAUGCAAAAAGAGGUGUGGUUACUGGAAACAACUUUAUUGAAACAGGAACGCAACAUAAACCAAUUAAGAAAGAAGUCCAUUUUGAAGGGGAAACAAAAUUAAGAGGGAACAGGGACUUCUCAAUUGCUGUGGGCCAUUCCGAAGGAAACGGAGGGUUUAGAGACUCCUACAGCGCCCCUCACCAUUCCGAUGGUAAUGAUAAGUCUUUAGCUUCUCCAAUAGAUAAAAAGUCCGCAGAACCUUUUUGCCAUGUUGUUUAUUACACAAAAAAGAAGUCUAGAUGGCCGUUAUGCUUCUAUUCCCAUUGUAGCUGCGGGUCGUGUUGCUCUAGAUGGCCAAGCUGUUGUUGUAAGAGUGCAAGUUGCUUGUCUUGUAAGUGGUCAAGCUGGAUAUGUUUCUCUUGUAAGUGGUUAAGCUGGUCUUGUUGUUUCCAUAAGUGGCCAAGCAAACAGGGCUGCUGCUGCAAAUGAUCAAGAUACUACCUUUCUUAUCCAACUUGGCCCAGCAGAACUGUAGUGACGGAGUCAGGAUUUUCACCAAGGAGAUUCAUUGUCUACUAUACAUACAUAAAAACAGAUUUUGACAUGGAUUUUGACCUUGUAUAUAAAGUGUGAUUUUUGGCUAAGGGGGUUCAGCCCCUGCGCAAAAGCAUAACUAAGGCGGGUAUUACUUCUGGUCGAAUCGUGUAUAUACAUAUAUAACUUUUAAAGAUACAUAUAUACAUAUAAUAAAAUCGCACUUGUUUAGAA